CGUUUAGAGAAGAUGAGAAGAUGGCAAAUAUUUCGAAAUUUGAGUUAUUACCCACGGAAAUACGACUAGAAAUAUUUAAAAAUCUGAAUCACGGGUCUUUAUUCAGCUGCUUGCUUGUGGAACGACGGUUGUGUCAUGAAAUUGUACCAAUUCUAUGGGAAAACCCGUUCCGAAAUGACAAAAGAAAACAAAUAGAUUUCUUCAACCAAUCAAUAAAAGUAGUCGAUAUAUAUGUAAGGAGCUUCUCACAAGAGACAUGGAAACUUCUUAAUGCCAAUGGAAUUAAUCGACCAUCAAUAACUCUAUCAUCAACUUUCAACUAUGCGUCAUUUUUGCGCUGCUAUGAUGCAGAACGAGUUUCUAGGGCAGCUGAUGAAUGGCUUAAUCUAAGUGAUCCAGUGAUUCGUACUCAGGAAGAAAAAACCAAAUCCAGAAUUUUAAAAAAAUCUUUGUGUCAACUUUUUGAAACUGAAAUGACGUCAAUAAAGUCUUUGAAUUGUGUUUUAGAAAUGGAUGAUGGGAUUAAAUUUCUAAAAAAGUUAACAUUAAAAACUCUCAGUGAAUUAAAAAUAACUAAAAUUAGAAGAGAGCAAAAUCUGCAAAAUCUAUUUGAAUAUUUGACCGAAGUUACCCAUUUAAUUCGUGGAAUUUCGAUCGGUUUCAUUGAUGAUGAUUGGAAUGACGAUUUGAGCACACCUGAAACAAGUGCUGUUACGGAAGAACUAACGAAUACUGCCCAAGGAAUCAAUGAUUUAAUAGAAGUACAAAGCAAAUUAGCGUGGCUUAAGCUAUGCUCUUUACCUAAAGUAGUCUGUGAAACGAUCAAUUUUUCCAAUUCAUUACAAGCAAUCUUUUUUUGUAAUAUUGAUUUCAAUAGGUACGAAUCUAGAAAUCUUAUUCACAGAAUAUCUUCUUGCGAAAAUCUUCGCGGUCUUGAAUUUUAUAGGUGCAGGAAAUUAGAACAACAGUCUUUGAUUGAAGCAGCUCAAUUUUUAAAAAGACUCGAAUAUUUAUCAAUCUGUCUUCGAUGUAACGAGGAGUUUCCACGGAAGUUUAUAAUACAAGUUAUCCAAGCUAGUGGUCAUAAUUUUCAAUAUCUAAAUCUUUACCCGCAAUAUUAUACGCCAGUCGAUAUACAAAUGGCAAAGAAUCUCGUUCGGACAAUUAUUUCUAACUCUCCCAAUAUUCGGGGAGUUAAUCUGCCGACGUUUGAUGCAUCAAUCUUUAUCCCAUUGCUAAAGUCGUCUAAGUGGCUUGAGCAUCUUGGUUGUGGCUCAAAAUCGUUGAUUGAAGCAUUCGGUAUUCUGAAUGAGAGACUCCCACCCACAUUAUAUUCACUUCUUGUUGACACUAGUAGGUUGGGUUUUUCUGACGAAGUUUUACAUCAGUUUCUGGCGUCGAAUCAUCGUCGUUUGAAGCAUCUGAUUGCUAGAGGAAUAUAUGAUUCUCAUGUGAAAUUGGCGAAACAAUAUGCAGUGAAAUUAAAUAAUUUGUCAACUUUGAAUUUUUCGGAAUAUGCGAUUUAUGAAGGAAUUUACCCAAACUACUUUAAUAAAUGGUGA